GGCUGUCGGGUUCUUUGGGGUUUUGGCUGCGGCUGAUCGCUCCUGGGGGGGCUUGUCGAUAAAAGGGAGGUAGGGGAUGCUUGGAGCGCUGGGUCCACCAAAAAUGGGUGAGCAGAGAGAGCACAGGGGUUCUCCAGUAGUGAGAAAUGCUUGGUGUGCCCACUUCAGGCACACUGAGCAUGUCUGCCUUUAUUUGCCCCGUGUCUGCCUUUAUUUGCCCCGUGCCUGCCUUUAUUUGCCCCGUGCCUGCCUUCAUUUGCCCCGUGCCUGCCUUUAUUUGCCCCAUGUCUGCCUUUAUUUGCCCCAUGUCUGCCUUUAUUUGCCCCGUGCCUGCCUUUAUUUGCCCCGUGCCUGCCUUCAUUUGCCCCGUGCCUGCCUUCAUUUGCCCCGUGCCUGCCUUUAUUUGCCCCGUGUCUGCCUUUAUUUGCCCCGUGUCUGCCUUUAUUUGCCCCGUGUCUGCCUUCAUUUGCCCCGUGUCUGCCUUUAUUUGCCCCGUGUCUGCCUUUAUUUGCCCCGUGUCUGCCUUUAUUUGCCCCGUGCCUGCCUUCAUUUGCCCCGUGCCUGCCUUCAUUUGCCCCGUGCCUGCCUUUAUUUGCCCCGUGUCUGCCUUUAUUUGCCCCGUGUCUGCCUUUAUUUGCCCCGUGUCUGCCUUUAUUUGCCCCGUGCCUGCCUUCAUUUGCCCCGUGUCUGCCUUCAUUUGCCCCGUGCCUGCCUUUAUUUGCCCCGUGUCUGCCUUUAUUUGCCCCGUGUCUGCCUUUAUUUGCCCCGUAGCACCUUCUAUUCUAAAAGCCCACUGCCAGCACCCAGUGCUUUGUUGGGGUUUCCUUUCCCUGCACCACGUUUGGCCCAGUCUCUUCUCUCUGCAGGAUGCAUUUAUUCAUCAGCUUUCAUCUCCUGGUGGUGUGCAUUUAUUUCCUCUUGCCACGCCAUGCAUUGGUCAGGGUUUGCUCUUCCCGUGCCAUGUAUUUAUUGGGGUUUGCUCUCCUCUAUCAAGCUCUGUCUCUCCAUGCCAUGCAUUGAUUGGGGUUUGCUCUCCAUGACACACAGCUAUUGAGGUUUCCUCUCUUAAUGCCACGUACUUAUUGCAGUUACUGCUCAAAACCGUUCUUUCAUCAGGGCUUGCUCUCAAUGCCAUGCAUUUAUUAGGGUUUCCUCUCUCAAUGCCAUGUGUUCAUUGGGGUUGCCACUCAAAGCCACGCAUUUAUUAAGGUUUCCUCUUGACGACAUGCAUUUAUUGGGCUUGCAUCCUCCAUGCCAUGUACUGUGUUUCCCUCUUUCAGUGCUGUGCAUUGAUCUGGGUUUCUUUUCUCAAUACCAUCCGUGCAUUCGUUGGGGCUCGCUCUUGAUUACGUGCAAUUAUUGGGCUUUCCUCUCGCCAUGCCAUGAAUUCACCUGGCUUUGCUCUCCAUGCCCUGCAUCUCUGGGUGUUUCCCCCUUCCUCU